AUGACCGGUGUUCUUGCUAAUUUCGAUGUGGAUGAUGCCUCUUUGAUCGUGAACCGAAGCACACCUGGUGUAGUUCGGUAUUACAUGUCACAGGAUUCAUCUCCAGUUGUAGUAUUUGUGUAUGACCCUAACGUCGGACCCGGAGCUCUGGAUGAAUGCGAUGUUGUUGUCUGUCUGUAUGGUAGAUGUCAGGUGCCGUCAGAGCUUGUGGUGACCCUUUUGUCUCCUCAGCUCAGAUAUGGCACUCUACUGACCCGUUUGCUGACGAGCGGGUCGGAUCAACAUAAGGAGCUCAUCGUCCUCAAUGAUGUUAACAUGCAAAUGCCCCUAUCCUUCCUUCUAGAACAUGUACAAUCUGUGGAUGUAGUCCUACUGGAUAUCACACUGCCGGAGAGGAAUUUUCUGGACUCGUUGAGGAAAGUCUUGUCCCGUUCAGAUUCACGAAAAUUCAUCUUUCUCGGCACGCCAUCACUAGUUCAGAACAUCACACUGUUGAUUUGGGAGCUGAUGCCACUAGUAGCGGACACCAUAUGGUUGUUAUUAGAUACACAAGGAGAACUUCCACUGUGUAUGUCGUGUGACAACGCUAUCAACCUUCUCAGAGAUGAUUAUGUACAUCAGCUGGACAGCACUAUUGAAGCAGUAGUUCGCCGUGCCCUAAAUACGUCAUAUUUAUAUACAGAUAGAGAUGCGAUCAACGUGUUAAGUUCCGAAUUACAACAGGCAUUGUCUGAAGUUGAGCAUGACAUACAAAUAUUCCAGCCCACGUUGAAUGGAACAUUUGCUCAGGUCGGCGUGUGGAAUGACUUUACGGAAACAUCAGAUAGACUGCCCAUCAAUUUCACGACACACAAUGAAAAGCUAGAUCUCAGAGUUGUUACUAUCCAUCGCCCUCCCUACAUAUACAAACAUGUUAAUAACGGCAUCCCCUUUUUCCGGGGUUACUCGGUGGAUUUGUUGGGCAAAAUCGCGGCGGCAUCUGGGAUACAAUUCACAAUAACCGAGUGUACAAUCAGCGAGCCAUUUGUAGAGGCCACGGUGUUCGCCUGGACGGAAUGCAUUGAAGAUGUUGUUUCCGGGAGAGCCGAUAUGGUAAUCGGUCCUAUUGCAGUUACUAAGGGUCGAGAAAUGGAGGUUGACUUCAUCUUGCCGUAUAUUCAGUAUGAUGGUGUCCAGAUGCUCACGAGGGCCAAGAAGGGGAGACGAUUUGAUUUUUUAGAAAUAUUUGACCACUGGUCCAUGCUUGUCUGGCUGGGUUGUUUUGUUUUUACUUCGGUGGCAUUGUGGAUUUAUGAAAACGCAAUGAAAGGCCUAGAGAGGAAAGGAAACCCGGAUGUCAAAUACUGUUCCUUCCAAGAUGUUGUAUGGUUCAUAAUUACAAAGGCAGAGUUUGAAUGUGAUGGUAUCCGUCUAUCGCGAACCAGUACCAAGUUGAUGGGUUUUGGCUUCUGGCUACUCUCCUUCAUCCUGUUAUCCGCAUUUACGGCUAACUUGGCGUCCUUUAUGACAGUUUAUCGCAUGGACGAGAUACAAGUCAGCACCAUAUCUGAUUUGGUUAACAAAAAGGAUGUGAAAUACUCUGUAGUGUGGGGGUCAGAUGAGAUGGUUUACUUUGAAAAUAUGAUGAAAACUGAGGAGGCGUUUCAUGAUCUGUGGAAGAGCUCGAACCUGUACCCGGAUUAUCAACAAUACGCUUUCAAUGAAAUAGUGUGGGACUAUCCUGUAAGAGACACUUUCACGAAAAUAUGGGAAAGCAUGACAAAAACUGGAUUCUUCAACAGUACAUCGGAGGCUCUGAGAAGGGUGGCAGAGGGAAACUUUAUUCUUUUGUCAAAGACAGACACCGUUAAAUAUCUAGUUUCCCAUAAUUGUGAUGUGAAGUCGCUUGGGUCACCCAUGGGUUAUCAUCCUGUUGGAUUUGCACUGAAGAAGGAUUCCAGUCUCUUAUCAACAAUGUCAAAUAGUUUUAUGAAAAUACAGCAGUCGUCUGAUGUGGAGGGUUUGAAAAGAAAAUGGUGGGAAAACGAUACUUUGUUUUGUGAUACGGAUGAAAUUAUACAGGAAAUUGGUUUCACUGAAAUAGCCUACUGGUUCCUGACUCCCGUGUUUGGCUUGGGUCUGGGAAUCCUUAUCCUGGGUAUAGAGAGAAUUGUCCGCUACAGAAUCAGCAACACAGUCAAGAAAUACACCGUACGAAAUGGCUUUUCACCAACACAGCAUUUUCGAGACAACGAUGAUGGGGGCCUAGGAAAUGAUACUAAGAAUACACCUGAAGAUUCGGCUGUUGUGGAUCAUGGUUACAAAGGCAUGUCCUGUCUAUGA